AUGAUAUCUGUCGACUUCGUCGGACCUCUAACACGCUCUAAGAGAGGAAACACGGUCCUACUGGUAAUAGUGGAUUGGGUCAGCAAGUACGUACUUGUCAAGCCCAUGCGCACAGCGGACUCGAAGAAAAUGGUAGAAUUCCUGGAAGAGGAAGUGUGCCUAAAGUUUACCCGGCCUCGGCUCAUACUCUCUGACAACGGAAAGCAGUUCGAAUCGUUACUGUUCAAGUCUUGGCUGGCACGGCACAACAUCGGUCACAUGAAGACAGCGUAUUACUGCCCACAGGUCAAUAACGCAGAGCGUGUCAACCGUGUUGUGGUCACCUGCAUUCGUGCGUUGUUAGACGGAGACCAUCGGGGAUGGAACGAGAACUUAGCAGCUAUCACCGCAGCGAUCCACUCCGCGAAGCAUGAAGCUACCGGAAUCAGUCCGCACGAGGCGAACUUUGAUGACCCGAAGGUGGCGCAGAACCUGAGGUUGUCGACAAUACGGCGCAUUCACGAAUUUGUGUUACAGAGGGUACGGAACAACCACGAGAAAACCAAGCAGCGAUACAAUCUCCGUACCCGUCGGGUAGACUUCAAGAUAGGCGACAUCGUUUGGAGACGAACCUUCACAGAAUCGUCCAAGGCUGACCAGAUAAAUAAAAAACUUGACCACAAGUUCGUUCCAGCGUUAGUGAAACAAAUUUUGGGAAAGAACGUCUACCUUUUGGAGGAUGUCACUGAUGGCAAACAAGGCCGCUAUCAUGCCAAAGACAUCAAGGCGGACUGA